GUUCCUCCUCUACGGCCGCUACUGCAGCCAGGUGGAAGCGGCCGCGCGGCGCCUGGACCAGCUCUCCUCCUGCACUGACCUGCGCAUGAAGCUCCAGGAGUGCUCCCAGCGCGCCAACAACGGGCGCUUCUCGCUGCGGGACCUGCUGAUGGUGCCCAUGCAGAGGGUGCUGAAAUACCACCUGCUGCUGCAGGACCUGGCCCAGUGCGUGAACGAGGUCAAGAGGGACAACGAGACCCUAAAGCAGCUCACGAGCAUCCAGCUGUGCCUGCACAACAUGCCGCAGUCCCUGGCGCAGUUCGGGCGCCCCAAGAUCGACGGGGAGCUGAAGGUCUCCAGCGCCGAGAGACGCUCCAAGGUGGACAGGUACGGCUUCCUGCUGGACAAGGCCCUGAUCAUCUGCAAGCGCCGCGGGGACUCCUACGAGACCAAGGACGUGGUGGACCUCCAGUGCCACCAACUGCACGAUGGUGACCUCGGAGCCCGCGAUGGCAAGAAGUGGUCCCACACCUUCAUGCUGCUGGACACGGCCGGGCUGCCGGACUACGAGCUCUUCUUCAAGACGCACGAGCUGAAGAAGAAGUGGCUGGAGCAGUUCGAGAUGGCCCUGUCCAACAUCUUCCCCGAGCACGCCCUGGCUGACGGACACGACUUCCAGAUGUUCUCCUUCGAGGACACCACAUCCUGCAAGGCCUGCCAGAUGUUGCUGAGGGGCACCUUCUACCAGGGCUAUCGCUGCAGCCGCUGCCGAGCCCCCGCCCACAAGGAGUGCCUGGGACGCGUGGGGACCUGCGGGAAAGCCGGAACUGAUCCCGGAUCGGGCGCACGGAAGAACAAAUCGCAGCGGCCGGGACCCGACAAGAAACGGGGGGAGCUGGGGGAGGGUCGGAACGUGGUCAGCGGGGAGCUGGGCUGGUUCCCCAGCAGCGCCGUCAAACCUUUCGUGGCCGAGCUGGUGGAGUUCUACCGGCGGAACUCGCUGCGGGAUUGCUUCAAGGCGCUGGACACGACGCUGGCCGUGCCCUACAGGGACCCCGAGAGCCGCACGGGACCCCGCGAGCCCC